GAUGACCAUAGACGACUACAUUGUCCUGGCUGAUAUCCCUACGAUCCAGCUGGAGGAGGAGGAGCUUACAGGUUUGAGGAGGAGGGACCAGAGUCCGAGCCCGUGCAGGGACCAGAGGCCCCGGACUCACAGGAGCCAAGAUGAAAUGGACACCUACAGUUCAACGCUUGAGUCAGAUGAGAGGGGGAGAGUCAGAGAGAGAGGCAGAGACAGACGAGAGAAAUGUCGGGACUCUGAGAACGGACGGUCGUCUCGAAGACAGUCGGUCCCAUCCACUCAUUCACAGAGCUCAGAUUAUCAAGGUGGAAAACACAGAUCCUCAAAGGUGGAGGAGCAAGCAUCUGCUGAAUGCCCGCAGAUGCAGGCGAUGUAACCUGAAGGGGUGGAUGUCAAGCCUGGAUGACCAUGGCAAGUGGAGGAAACACUGGUUUGUUCUGGGUGAUUCUACGCUGAGGUACUACAGAGACCCGGAGGCUGAGGAGUCAGAUGAUCUGGACGGAGAGAUAAACCUGACGUCCUCUGUGAAUGUGUCCGACUGCGAUGUAGAGAAGAACCAUGGACUCCAAAUACAAACAAAGAGAGCAGUGUUCACUCUCUCUGUUAUGACCUCAAGGAUACGGCGGAACUGGAUAAAGUUACUAAAACAGGCGAUCCAGAACAACGCGCACCAAUCAGACGACGGCAGAAAGAAAGAGAACCCCCUCUCCCGGAGACCGUCGUCAUGCCAACCCUCUGCUCAGUUCACCUGCAGGGACUCCGGCUAUGAAGCGACCACUUCCACCUCCAACGCCAGGGCUGCAAACUCCCAUAAGGCCGAGCACCUCCUUGAGACAAUAGAGGGGGAUCUGGACGUUUCUCCAUCCAGUCAGAGAGAGGAAGGGGAGGGCUGGGACCGAGAACAGGCCAAGCGAUUGGAGGAGAGGAACAAGUGGUUUGAGGAGGGGGUCCCCUUCAGUGAGAUGAGCAGCAGGUGGGACGCCAUGGAGCUCAAAAGGGGGAGUGUACCUGUGCCUGUCAUUGAAACCUUGGACUCAGAGGUCAACAGGAAGUGGGUGGAAUUAGAAGCGCUGUCAUUUAGAGAUGCGCAGGCUCUCAUUGGAGCCCAGGCUCAUCAGUCGAGCACAGCCCAGGCGCAUCAAUCGAGCCCCGAAGAGGUCGAACAGUCAGCCACCAGUUCACAAACUGAUAUAUUGAGCUCAAAGGAGGCUCUUCCAUCCAUAAAUGGAGCCCAAGAAAUUCAAACUAAUAAAGCAGAAGCGCUACAGAAAGAGGCCCUUUCUCUUCGAGAGCAAGUGGAGAGCAUUAAGAGGGAGCGUGCAGCCAUGAGGAUAGAGGCGGACAGCCCCUGUGGCCCCGGGCCCCCCUGCAGGGCCAGACUUGAGGCCAUGGAGGCCGCCCAUCAGAAAACACUUCAGGAGCUGCAGGAGAAACAUGCGAGGGAGAUUAAGGAGCUGGAGGAGCAGAGAGACAGGAUGCUGCAGGAGGAGAGCCAGGCGGCCGCUAGAGCCAUGGAGUCACUGCGAGCUGCUCACAGGGAGGAUCUGGAGAGAGAGGUGGAGAAGGCCAGGAGGCUGGCCGGAGGAGCUGCACACAUGGAUGCUUCACACAGAGGCCACAUGCCGCAGGCGGACAUUUUGCACGGUGAGUUGGACGUGCUGUCAGAGCGUUACUCUCAGAAGUGCUUGGAGCUCAGUCGCACGGAGCAGAACGGCCAGGGCCGAGAGAUCGAGCUCGGACGCAAGGAAAGAGAGAUGGAGCAGCUCAGAAGAGAGAACCAGGAGCUUAAGGUCAAACUGGCAGAAGAGAUCAGCCGCAUGCGCCGUUUCAUCACAGGCCAGAGGUCGGACACAACGGUAUCUCUUGGCAACACUGAGCGCACUGCGUCAGAAGUAGAGACAUUACUAAGAGCAAAAGACAAUGAGGUGCAGUAUCUUAAAAAAGAAAUCAUCUGUCUGCAGAAUGAAGUGCAGUCCCUUACAAAGGAGAAAGAAGCAUCUUACGAGCGUUAUAAGGAGGCCUACGUGGAGCUGAGUGACAUGAGGGGUCGCAGCCAGCUGGAGACGGGCUCCCUCAACGAACACUUGAGACUGGCUAACGCUGCAGUUCAGGAGGGAGCAAGACAAACUUAACCCAUGUGGACAGCUUUUAAAAAACGUACCUUGAAGAACAAUGACAACAAGCCAACAUACUAUAUUUACAAAAUACCGCAAUAAAACCAUUACAUUGCUAUGACAGAAUUUGCUGUUGUGAAUGGAUGGACUUCGAAGAGUCAGAAUGAGAACUAUUGUGUACUUGGAAACCACUGCCCACAGAAUAAAAAAAUAACAAUUGUU